UCGAGUGCACAUUUCUGAAGCAACUUUAGAUCAACUAGAUAAUAACUAUGUAGUUGAACCAGCCUUUGGCUACCAAAGAGACAUUUUGUUAAAGAAGAUGAAAGUUGAAACAUUUUUCAUUGUUGGACAUAAGAAAAAGGUGACUGGGAAUGGAUACUUUAAUGGAAGACGAUCAUCUUUUGCAUCAGCUCCAGUGAUAGCCCGUGCUCAAAUGCGUAAUAGGAAAAUGUCAAGUGGGAGUGAUAUUCUGUCUUUGCGAAGAAGGACAGUUCUUGAUUACAGCAUUAGUGACUACCAGAAAAUGGUUGAGAGUGUUAACAAGGACGUGGAUAAUAACAUCAACAGUAUGGCGUUAAGUAACAAAGAUCAGUGGUGUAACUCAAAAGAAAUUGAACCUUUCCUGCUUUUCUUCCGUAACAAGAACCUGGAGAAGCCCUACUUGAAGCAGAUCUUUGUAUAUAUGGAGUUGUUUUAGUCUGACUUUUGUAGUAAUUGGAAUUUCCUGUUUAUCUACUUGGGCAGGCUAUCUCCAGGCCAAA